UUAUAGGUGUAAUGGCAGAAAGUGAAGCACAAUUUGAAACCUUUAUUCCAGCAGGAGGCUAUGUGAUGAUUUUAAUAGCAACAUUGAUUGGUCUAGCUAUUAUAGGCGCUUUGAUCUUCGUUAUUAUCCAGGGAAGGAGGGCAAAAUCUCCAAUAUCUAGAUGCCCUGAGAGCUCAACCAGUGGACCAAAACCUUCAGCUCUUGACUUCAACAAAACCAUGGCAUUUACUAGAGUAUCACUGAAGGAUGACAGGAUCGAUACAGUGGACAUUGAAAAUGAUACGGAACCAAAGACAAAAGAGGAAACAGAAACAAAAAAGGAGAGAGGAACAGCAGACGACAACGGACUACCAGAAGAAUCAGAAACAGAUAAACCAAAUGUUCCACCUCGUCAAACCCUUAAGCGAUCGCUCUCCCGACAAGCUAUAGCUACUCCCGAACAAACAGAAACAAACAGGUAUAGUGUGAUGAGUAAUGCUUCGGUCAUAACCAGACAGGCAAGCUGUUCUUCUAUUUUGGUAAGAACAUCACCUGAUGACGCUAAACGACCGGAGUCAACGAGACCAGAAUCAACCAUGGUAACUGUAGAGGAACAUCCAGAAGGACCAUCGGACGAAAAUGUGGUACAUAAGGGGCCUACUCCGCCACCUUCAAUUGAAAACAGUGCUACAAAACAUCCCGAGAAGACAACUCCACCAACAGCUAAAGCACCUCUAAAACGAACGAUGUCUAGAAACGCAAUUGCCCCGAUUCCUACCAACAAGCCUUUGAAUAGACAAAUGUCUAAAAGUAAUAUCACACCAGCUGCACCUGCUUACAAACCAAUGAAUCGGCAAAUGUCUAGAACGAUGUCCAGAUCUGUCUUGCGUAUAGCAGAACAUGCACCAGUUCCAAAACCUGUCAUUCAAGAAGAACACGCCGAAUCAAAAAAAGAGGAAACACCAGCGACACAGAUACAGGAAACACCAGCAACAAGUACUGAAACAACACAGAAACAGGAAACACAAGCGACCAGCAUUGAUAUGACGACAGAGAAAAAGGAAACACAAGCGACCAGCAUUGAAUCGACCACACAGAAACAGGAAAUACAAGAGGCCAGCAUUGAUAUGACGACAGAGAAACAGGAAACACAAGAGACCAGCAUUGAAUCGACGACACAGAAACAGGAAACACAAGAAACUAGCACUGAAAUGACGUCAGAGAAAGGGGAAAAUGAGGCAAUUUCUAACCUUGCAGAUAAUGAAAAUAAAGAAACACCAGAUGGAGAACAAAAUACUCAAAAGGUUGAAAAUCUAGUCGAGAGCGGAACCAAAUCUGAUGGAGAAGACUAUGAAAAGACUGGUGAUGGGACAAAGACAGACGAAAAGGAUGCCAAGGAAAAAGGGGUAAAUGAUAAUAUAAUUGAGGACGUAGCUGAGAUUCUAAACGCUUGAAUCAGACGUUUUUAUUUUGUUUUAAGUUUUAUUUGUUGUAGUU